CCUCCAGAAGUGCUGGAGUGUGAGUCCACACCCCACGUGAAACUGCACACACCCGUGCAACUGCCCAAUGCCCUACCCACUUUUGCUUCCCUACACAGAUGUGUUUUUGUCAGCGCAAGUGGGGUUCCUGGAGCAGCAGCAUCAACAUCACCUGAGAACUUGUUAGAAACCAAAUUCUCGGGCCCCACCCUCGACCUACCAAGUCAGCAAACCCCGGGUGAGGCCAGGCACCUGCGUUUUAACAAGCCCUCCCCCGUGGCUCAGGUGCGCGCUCACGUUGGGUCAUCCGUGGCCCACGCCUCACGCUGCCACCUGCGGCUGUGCGUCUUGCCCGGCGCUAAGGGCCUAGGGCGGAACAGCGGGAUCCCGGGGCUGGCCACGCACAGGUGUCCCUCUGCCAGGGCUCAAGGGGCGCUAACCUCUGCUCCCUGCGGUCCCACCGCCUCCAAGGGUGGAGCCGGGCCGCCCCGCCUGCACACCUCCAGCUGUACAGGUGGCUGGGCAGGGCCGGGAAACAAAAGCAUAGGAGCAACACCUUUAAAAAAAAAAGUCCUCCCGCCUGGGCUCUCAGCUCUCCAGUCGCAGGAAGCCCUCGAAGCCGCCAACAUGGGAAUGUCCCAAACACGGAGUUGCUUUGGUUAUCCCCUGAGCAUCUUCUUCAUCGUGGUCAAUGAGUUCUGCGAAAGAUUUUCCUACUAUGGAAUGAGAGCACUCCUGAUUCUGUACUUCACACAGUUCUUUAAAUGGGACGACAAUCUGUCUACUGCCGUCUACCACACAUUUAUUGCUCUGUGCUACCUGACACCAAUUCUCGGCGCUCUCAUUGCCGACUCCUGGCUGGGAAAGUUCAAGACAAUUGUGUCACUAUCCAUUGUCUACACAAUUGGACAGGCAAUCACUGCAGUAAGCUCAAUUAAGGAACUCUCAGAAGUCAACCACAAUGAGCUCUCAGACUCCAACAACAGUGAAACCCCUAACAACGUUGCUGUACACGUGGCGCUGUGCAUGAUUGGCCUGACCCUGAUAGCACUAGGAACCGGAGGGAUCAAGCCCUGUGUGUCUGCAUUUGGUGGCGAUCAGUUUGAGGAGAACCAGGAAGCGAAAAGAAACCGAUUUUUUUCCAUCUUUUAUUUGGCCAUUAAUGCUGGAAGUUUGCUUUCUACUGUCAUCACUCCCAUUCUCAGAGUUCAAGAAUGUGGAAUUCAUAGUAAACAAGCUUGUUACCCACUGGCCUUUGGAGUUCCGGCUAUUCUCAUGGCUGUAGCUCUAAUUGUAUUUGUCAUUGGCAGUGGAAUGUACAAGAAGGUCCAGCCCCAGGGUAACGUCAUGGCUAAAGUCGUCAAGUGCAUUGGUUUUGCCAUCAAAAACAGGUUUAGGCAUCGGAGUAAGGAAUUUCCCAAAAGGGAGCAUUGGCUGGACUGGGCCAAGGAGAAGUAUGACGAGCGGCUUAUCUCUCAAAUUAAGAUGGUUACCAGGGUGAUGUUCCUGUACAUUCCACUGCCGAUGUUCUGGGCCUUGUUUGAUCAGCAGGGCUCAAGGUGGACACUGCAAGCAACAACGAUGAAUGGGAAAAUUGGAGUUAUUGAAAUUCAGCCGGAUCAGAUGCAGACUGUGAACGCCAUCUUGAUCGUCAUCAUGGUCCCUAUCGUUGAUGCUGUGGUGUAUCCUCUGAUUGCAAAAUGUGGUUUCAAUUUCACCUCCUUGAAGAAGAUGACAGUUGGAAUGUUCCUGGCUUCCAUGGCUUUUGUGGUGGCUGCAAUCGUGCAGGUGGAAAUUGAUAAAACUCUUCCAGUCUUCCCCAAAGGAAACGAAGUCCAAAUUAAAGUACUGAAUAUAGGAAACGAUAGCAUGCAUAUAUCUUUUCCCGAAAAGAUGGUGACACUUGACCAAAUAUCUGGAACAGAUGAAUUUUUCACUUUUGACGUGGACAAACUGACAAGUAUAAACAUUUCUUCUACUGAAUCACCAUUAGUCAGUCCAGUAAUGCAUAAGUUUGAGCAGGGCCAUCGCCAUACCCUUCUAGUGUGGGCUCCCAACAAUUACCGAGUGGUAAAGGAUGACCUUAACCAGAAGCCAAAAAAAGGGCAAAAUGGAAUCAGAUUUGUAAAUGCUUUGUACGAGAGCUUCAACGUCACAGUGGAUGAUAAAAUUUAUGCAAAUGUCACCAAUUACAAUGCCAGCGAAUAUCAGUUUUUACCUUCUGGCUCAAAAUACUUCACACUAAUCUCAGCAGAGAUUCCAGAAAAGUGUAAUAAAUCUUUUGAAUCAGACUUUGGAUUCGGUAGUGCAUAUACCUUUGUAAUCAGUAGGAAGGAUGACUGCCCUGAACCGAAGAUGUUUGAAGAUAUUUCACCCAACACGAUUAACAUGGCUCUGCAAAUCCCACAGUAUUUCCUCAUGACCUGUGGCGAAGUAGUUUUCUCUGUUACAGGAUUGGAGUUCUCAUAUUCCCAGGCGCCUUCCAACAUGAAGUCAGUGCUUCAAGCGGGAUGGCUGUUGACAGUGGCAGUUGGGAACAUCAUCGUGCUCAUCGUGGCGGGAGCAGGCCAGUUCAGUGAACAGUGGGCCGAGUACAUUCUGUUUGCUGCAUUGCUGCUGGUUGUCUGCAUCAUCUUUGCCAUCAUGGCUCGAUUCUAUACCUAUGUCAAUCCAGCAGAGAUUGAAGCUCAGUUUGAUGACGAUGAGAAGAAAAAGAACACGGAAAACCCAUAUUGCAAACUGGAUCCCGUCUCACAGACACAGAUGUGAAUGUCAGCAUGCAAGUGGAGGAUGGACUGGGCCCAGGACAUGCCCUGACUUCUGUCCCCAGGGGGCAGGACACUGUUGGAUGGCCCCCGAUGGGAAAGACUCCAGAAAUGUGAACCACACCAAGAAAACGAUUUUCUAAGCAACUGUCAGUGGUGGCUUAGGAGCAACUUAAAACUCUGGAAGAAAUCUUUUUUUAAAGGAAGUCUUAUUUAAAGUGUGCAUGCAUGCACACACACACAUACACACACACACACACACACACACACACAUUUACAACACUGAGAGCAUACCUGUGUUUAACUCCUUUCCUACCACACAAAUGAAGUUAUUUUGGACUAACAAUUUUUGAAAAGUUGACAAAGUUCCAGAUUGUUUGCCUUCUAACACUGUGAAAACAAUGUUAAACAAGGCAGGAGACAAUGUGAAAGUGAAUUUAUAGGCUUUCAGAUGGCAUAUAAUAAGUACCAGCUAGUAUUAGCUAAUAACUUUACUUUUUGUUUUUUGUUUUGUUUUCCCAGUCCCUACCUCUUUUUAAAUUAUGUGUAACUCAAAAGACCACUCCGGUAAAAGCCAGUAAUGAUUUUUGGAGUUUUAAUAAUAUGAAAUAAAUCCCCAUUCUUAAGAAUAAGUGUCU